AUGAUGGGAAACCGUUCUAGUGCCACAGAAUUCUGCCUUCUAGGCUUCAGUGGGUCCAAAGAACUACACCAUUUCCUUUUUACCAUAUUCUUGCUCUUUUACACGGUGACCAUAAUAGGAAACUCCGUCAUCAUCUCGAUUGUCUGUGUUGAUAAGCGUCUACACUCCCCCAUGUACUUCUUCCUUGGCCAUCUCUCUGUCCUAGAGAGCAUGACCACAACUUCUAUCGUCCCACUGAUGCUCUGGGGUCUCCUCCUUCCUGGGACACAGACCAUUUCACUAGCUGCCUGUGUGGCUCAGCUCUUCUUGUACUUGGCUGUUGGGACCACCGAGUUUGCAAUACUAGGAGUGAUGGCUGUGGAUCGAUACGUGGCUGUCUGCAACCCUCUGAGAUACAACAUCAUCAUGAACAGCACCACCUGCAUCUGGGUGGCGACCGCGUCAUGGGUGUUUGGGUUCUUUUCUGAAAUCUGGCCCGUAUACGCCACAUUUAAGUUGACAUUCUGCAAAUCCAAUGUGUUAGAUCAUUUUCUCUGUGACAGGGGACAAUUGCUGAAACUGUCCUGUGAUGAUACUCUGUUUACUGAGUUCGUCCUCUUCCUGAUGGCAGUUGUCAUUAUUAUUGGGUCUCUGAUCCCUACAGUCAUCUCGUACACCUACAUCAUCUCCACCAUCCUCAGGAUCCCCUCAGCCUCUGGACGGAGGAAAGCCUUCUCCACCUGCGCCUCCCACUUCAUCUUUGUUGUCAUUGGCUACGGCACCUGUUUCUUCCUCUAUGUGAAACCCAAGCAAACACAGGCAGCAGAGUACAACAAGGUUGUUUCUCUACUGAUUUCUGUGGUAACCCCUUUGCUGAAUCCCUUCAUCUUCACCCUCAGGAAUGACAAAGUCAAGGAAGCCCUUCAAGAUGGGGUGAAACGCUGCUUCCAUCACCUCAAAGACUGA